AUGCCUCCAAAGACAAGCUACAAGCAGUACGUGGACUCUGGUCUCGUGUCCCUGACAUACGACUCAGUGGGCCAUGGACCUCUGGAUUUGGACUACUUGAUCCAUACCUUGAGACAUCCUACCCCAGACACUUCCGUCCAGAAGGUGCUAGGCUACAUCUACCAUUACUUGCCUUUUGUCAAGCAUGAACACAACUUGAGGCUUGUGUUUUCCAGCUUUCUUAACAAUCAAAUCUGUUUUUCCAACCAACCACCUCUGUUUGAAGAGAACUACUUGAUCAUAGAGGUGUUUAAGUUGAUCACCGACAAAAAGCUUAAGAUUUCCAAGCCAACGCUUCCAAUUAAGACUUUUUACGAGGUCAUCAGCAAGGAGCUCCGAAGCUUUGUUGCAUUUAACCCGCAUCAGAACUCAUGGAAGGUGUUGCCUAUUAUCUCCGGCUUGUUCUUGUCGAACGAGGUGAGAGAUCAUUUGUAUACCUCGGUUAACAUGCUUCAGUACAAAUGGUUUUUUAACGAGUGGGACAACGAAAUGGAUUCUUUAUUCAAGAGCGCAUUCAGGUAUGCUGUUUCGCCUGCCAAUCCUUCCGACAUUCUGAACUUGUCUCUUCUCAGUCUUGCCUUGAAGUACCGCAGAUACGAGAAGCUUGAAGAUUAUGUCGGCCGCAUAGACCCGGCUCUUCUUAUCAACGGCUUGGUGAAUCUCAUAUUUGCUCCUGUUGAUCACUCAGCGUUUGUUUACACCAAGUUUAGCGCUAUAGACCCUAACGACCCAGGUGCUGAACAACAAAUAGCCUCCAGCGUGAGUCAAAAGCCCGUUGUGAAGCAUCUCAACAGAUUAUCAUUUAUUUUGGAAUCUCUUCUUAGCGAGCUUCCUCACUCAGCUGCUGCUUUUGCUGUGACCCUUUCGGUCGUAGAGAAGAUCAAGCUCUUUACUCGUGAUUUGAAUCACUUCACUCAACGCAACCCUUUGCUCAACCAGCUAUUAUCAAGCAUAUUGGUUUUGAUGAAAGGUAUUUUGUUUGCCGAAGUGAUCAUUUUCCAGGGAAUAUUGACUAGAUUCUUGUCAGCUAAGAACCACAACGUGGGAUUCUUUGCUCAGCUUUUCAAAUCAUCGAAGAUCUUGGGUGACAUCGAACGUGAGUACCAGCAAAUUUGCUUGCAGGUGGUUCACUCGUUAUACUAUGCCAAUUUUAUCUUGAUGUCGAUUGGCCAAGGAGGCUUCGAUGGCUACAACUUCUGUUACUACUUGUCCAUCGAAAUUCUUCUCCACAACAGUAGGCGAGGUGAAUUUGAAGGAUUCACCAAGAGCUUGAUCGGAAACUAUCAGGAAUUAAACUUGCAUCCAGGCGCUCUUAACAAGGACUACGUUGGGAGGUGCAAAGCCCUUUUGGUGUGUGGUCUUUGGGAGAACUACCUCCAACAACUGAGCCACAAAGACCCAGCAUUUGUCGAGUUCAUCUUCGAUGUGGCUUUCUCUAUUGUGCAACUGCGUAACAUUGAAGACCAGGGCUUUAUUGAAGCUGUUCAUUCGACACUUUUGGUUUACUUUUCAACUAUGAAAAAUACUGACCACAAUCUUGGAAAGGUCUUGCAGUAUUUUGAGCUUUUGAUUGAGCAAUUCCCUCGGGUGCUUUCUGCUAAUCAGUUAAGUGUAGCAGUUGAAACAUUGGGAAAGAAGAUCAUGUCUAAUCCUGUGAAAUAUGAGCCAACUGCAUUGUUCAAGAACUCGGCUGAUGAAUUUUUACAAUUUGUCUACCAUAAGUGUGCAAAGACUCCACCAGGACUUCCAGUGAGAAGAGCUAACAACCUGACUUUCUCUUCUGCCCAGCCCGUCACAGAAAUUGACGCUUCUUCCACGUUGUCGCAACUCGAAGAAAACGAUCAAGAUAAGGAGGAUAUUGUGGAGAGAAACAAGAGAAAGAAGCCAAAGGAUUUGCCUGAUUUCAAGCUCGGCUUGACUGCUCAAGGCUCAUCUGGUCAAGAACAUUUCGAAACCAGAACUGAGCCCGAAACAUCCAGAGAGGCUAUCAUUGUGGCUUUCUUGAACAUCAUUCCCUACCUUCCUAUCAGUUUAUUUGUUCCAUGGCUAGAUAGAAUUUGGGACCUUAUAAAAGCCAGUGGGCAGGAUGAAAGGCCAUUUUUGACUGAGAGACUCUGGAAGGUGCUCAGUGAGAAUCUUGAUCUCAAUAGAUGCGAGAUUGCCUACGGAUGGUGGUACGAGACCAGAGGAGCAGUGGAGCAAAACAUUACUAUGAAGCUCUCGCAAGUAAAGCUCUAG